UUCAACACGCUGCCUCCUGAAACACCAACAAGAAACCUGCUAAAGCUGCUGAAGCUGCUAAAAGAGAUAAAAACAUAAAACAUGCCGAAAGCAAAGAAGUCCGGGAAGAGAAAGAAGUUCGACUAUAACCAGGACCGGAAGAAGAUGAAGAAACAAUACAUUAAGAAAUGUAACCCGAGAAUAGAGAAUUCACAUCUCCGAAAUGCUUGGGACGACAAGAAGUCGACGGCCAGGAACUUGCAGGCGAUGGGUCUGGCUUUUGAUCCGAACCGAGCUCUGCCAAUUAAGAAACCGAGACUCCUCGGUGGUGAAGGCAACACGACCAAAGCUCCUGUCGGCAUCGUGACCAAACCCUACGUCCUCAACCAGCUGGAGGAGGAAGCCAACCGUCCGGAGAAAGACACCAAGACGUUAUCAUCCGACCUGAUGGAGUACGCUCAGUACAUGAUCCGAGAACACAAAGACGACUUCAAGGCGAUGGCCAGAGAUGAGAAGAACUACUACCAGGACACACCCAAACAGAUCAAGAGGAAAAUCAACGAGUACAAACGUUGCCACUCGGCUCACUAUGACGCUUUCAUCAGCUCGCUGGCUGCUCCGGAGCCGAUGGCCCAAUAAUAAAACAGCUUCAACCUGACUGUAAUAUAUUAUUAUUAUUAUCCUGCUCUGCAUCAGGAUGAGGACUGACUGGAGACUUCAGACUGUGAUUAACGUCCAGGAAGAAGUGCAGAUGAUCCAGAAGAACUCCUGAUUAAGAUUUCUGUCAUAAACCAUGACUGACUUAUGUCAUUUAAAUACCAUGAAGCUCAUUUUAAGCUUCAUGUAACAUCCGUGUUAAAUCUCCCUGCAGCCUCUUUUUGUUCUUUUACUUCAAGUUUUGUGUCAAAAACUUAUUUUCCAGCUGUGUUUCAAUGAAAAGAAACAAAAAACCCUCAUUCAUAACAUGGUUUAGGUCAGAAACUAUUAAAGAGAUAUUAAAACAUGUUAUUAAAGAGUGUAAACUUCACUGUUGAUGCCGUAUAAAGAGGUGAAGUAAUAUGAUUUAGACAGUAAGAGAAGAAAAAGACACUUUUUACAACAGUUAAACAAUAUUUAGACUUGUUUUUUCUUGUAUUAAAUUAAGAUGUUGUUAAAAAUCAGCCUUUAAGGAAACAUUAAAGGUUAAAAAAAAAAAGUUGUAACUCUUGUAUUUUCUGUUUUGUUCCAAUAAAUAAACGUGAAGA